AUACAAAUCCCAAAAACUGCUAAUUUUGUAGUCUUCUUGAGAUCCUUAAUUUGGAAAUAAACAAACAAAGCUCCUUAUAAAAUUCAACAAUGCAAAAUACAAGAGCUUCAUUGAAAAACUACCACUUAUUUCUUGACUUAUGUUCCUUUAUUGCUCUUCGAUUAUCUCAUAAGCAGGCGCUCCAAUCCAUUACAGUCGUCCUGAAACGGCGGCGUAAGCUUCGCAGUCAGACACCUCAUCAGGAAACAUGCACUAAUUGAGAUUGUACUUCUGAAACUGUUUCAACUUACUUAAGACCUAAGUUAGGGUUUACUGAGGGUUCUCUCUGCAAGUUUGGACUUGAAAAUAUCAAAGAAAAUGGUGGAAGAGAAGAAUAUUGAUGAUGUUAUGUUGCCCGGUUUUCGGUUUCAUCCGACCGACGAAGAACUCGUCGGGUUUUACCUCAAGAGAAAGAUACAGCAGCGAUCUUUGCCUAUCGAGUUGAUAAAGCAAGUUGAUAUCUAUAAAUACGAUCCCUGGGAUCUUCCAAAACUGGUGACCACGGCUGAGAAAGAGUGGUAUUUCUACUGUCCGAGAGACCGGAAAUACAGAAACAGUGCGAGGCCGAACAGAGUUACAGGAGCAGGGUUUUGGAAAGCUACUGGAACAGACCGUCCGAUUUACUCAUCUGAUGGUAUAAAAUGCAUUGGUUUGAAAAAAUCUCUGGUUUUCUACAGAGGCAGAGCUGCUAAAGGAAUCAAAACUGACUGGAUGAUGCAUGAGUUUCGGUUACCUUCGAUUGCUGAACCUUCACCGCCAAAGAAACUACUUGACAAAAGCCUUCCACCAAAUGAUGCAUGGGCUAUAUGUAGGAUAUUCAAGAAGACGAAUUCAAUGGCACAAAGAGCUCUAAAUCACUCAUGGAUAACCCAAUUUCCUGAAAAUCCAUUACCAGAAAUGCUCAACCAAGGAACAUCAGCACCACACUGUACUCAAUUCAGUUCAGAGAACAUUUCUUGCACUUCUGAAAUCGGAUCAGUUUUCCAAAUAUGCACCCCCACCGACUUACAUCAAGCCUCAUCGUCCGAUUUCUCCCUUAUCAACUUAUCCUCUUAUAAACCCAUUAAUCCGACGAUACAUCCUGUUUUCAAUCAAGAUCAUCAUGAUCAUAUAAUUCCAAGCAAUUUUACUUUUUCACCACUCGAAAUGUCGGGUCUAAAUAAGGGAACUAAUAUUUCAGGUGAUGAUUCUUGUAUGCUAUUGAAUCCUAAUUCUGAAAUUAUAGAUUUUCAAGGGUCAGAUGAACAUCAAUUCAAUGGAUUCUCGAUGAGUUUACCGCAAGAGACGCAAGGUCAUAUCGAUAUUGGAGAAGAUGAAACAUCGAGAAAUACGAGAAGCAUUAGCUUCCCUUUCAGCUUGCCAUGGGAUUCACCUAGUGAAAUCUCGUCUACUUAUUCAACAAACAAAUGCUAUACUUAAAUCCUUUUUUCAGAGAGGAAAUUGGAUUUAGGUAUAGCAUUUUAGUCUGCAAAAUGUAUGCGUGUUUUAUUAUAGAGCUUUGGAUGGAUUAAUAUAGAGUUGGAGUAAACACUCUAUAUAUUUUAUGUAUAAUCAUGUAUGCUUCAUUAUUGUGCAGUUCA